AUGAAAAAACUAACAAAACUUCAUAAGAGGAGAACAAAAUAUGCGCAUCUUAUUACAGGUUUGCAGAAAAAAUCUCAUGAAGAGCAAGAAAAAAAUAAUAAAAGCAGAUCAAUUCAACAGCAGCAAGAAAGAAUAGACAGAUUAGGUGUUUGCACUCAAUUGCUUGACAAUAAAAGUCGAUUAUCAACUGCUGUUCGACUUCAGCCACUUCCAGAACUUCCACCUGUUAAAAUAGAGGAGAAAUUCUUUGACAUUAAUAAUUUCGAUUCUUCUGAUGAAUUUGGAAACUUUAUCAGAAAGGCAACUCCUCAAAAUUUAACAAAUUAUUUCAAUGAAAAUGGCAUUCCUCGUUUAUUAAAUUACUGUGGAGACCCAUAUUUCAGAAAUAAGUUUUUCGAUAUCAAUGUCGAUGGUAUUGUUGAAGUUUUGCCUGCAAUCUUGGCAUCGAUUUCUGGACAAAAUAGAGCAAUUAUAUUACAGCGAAUUCUAGAUGUACAUCGCGAAUCUGCACAAUUAACACAAGCAUUCGAAUCAAUGGCUCUUAGUACAGAUCCAAUUGAAAUAAUUAAUCAAAUAGAACACGUUGCAUCAUCAUUAUUGAAGUGUAAACGAACGAAAUUCUUGAUUGCAUCACCAUUGAUAUGUGAAUUAGCGUAUAUUCACUGUGGGAUUAAAAGAAUUAUUCCAAUGACAACUGGAUUAAUUUCCAGUGUUGUUGGAAGAGGCGAUUAUGCAAUUAUUCAAGACCCAUUUAAUACAGAAGAGAUAGAUUUAGCCGUAGAAUCUUUUAUUUUCGAAGGAAGUAGAAAUUGUUUAAUAGCACCUUUGAUGCACUCUGAUUUUGAAAAUCCAUUCGCUUUUGUAGCAAUAGAUAAACUACGUGAUGAUUCUUUUUCGCCAAAUGACUUUAUUAUGCUUUGUUAUUUAUUUAGAAACGUAACUUCACAAAUUAAACUUCUCGUUAGAGAAUUAACAAGUGCUACUGAAAAAGAUAUGACAGAACUUGUUGAAGGAUUAUCAGAAAUUGCGGAUUCUUCAAAUGCUCACGAUAUGAUUGCUAAAAUCAUAAAUGAAAGCAACAGAUUAACGGAUGCAAGCACUUCAAGACUAUUCACUGUUGUUGGUGACUGUUUUUGUGAAGAAACUCCAGGAACAAAUAUUGGAGGAAAAUUAUUAAUGAUCGAUCGAGGUUUAACAUGCAGAGCAGCAAUAAAUAAUGAAACUACAAACUAUUUCUUACCUCGUCGUAUCAAAGAUUUUUCAGUUGCAAUUGAUGAUUUAACAGAACCUCGAAUUUGGUCAAUGAUCGCAUGCCCGGCAACAUACAACGGAGAAGUCAAGGGUGCGUUUGUACUAUACAAUAGAAGGAAUGGAACCUUCUUUUCAGCAAAAGAUUCUUUUGUUGCUACCAAUCUCGGAAAAUGCUUCCUUCCUUUACUCCACACAUGCUGCGAAUCAACAAAACUUCAUGAAUCCUUAGAAAGAAACAAUAUUAACUGCGUUCGAGCAUAUAAUUUAACUGUUUUUUCAUUAAAAGCAAUACAAGCUGCCGGAACUCCAAACCUUUACGAGCAAAUGUCCAUUUUCUGCGAAAAACUCAAGCCUUCAGUUCAAUUUAGAUUUUUAAUUUACGAAAAUGACAAUUUAUACGAAGCAUCAUCAAGACAAACUGUUCAAAGCGAACCACAAUUACUAGAUGCCAUCGUCGAAAUGAAACCUACAGCUGCGAUCAGUGAAAAUGUUGGAAUUUUAGUUUAUCCUAUAAAAUCCAACGCAAACAACCAAGUUUAUAUGUUCGAAUUCCGAGCUCCUUUGAUGAAACUCAAGACAGAAGAAGAAUCAAACGGAAUUCUUCAAUGCACAAGAAUUUUACAUUCAUUAGAAGAGCAUUCCAUGAAAUUAGCGCUUCCUGAGAAUUCCAGGAAGAUGCAGAGUAAAGCUCGAAACACCAGUUCCAAUAAAACCCAAAGUUCGAGUUCAUCAUCUUCAUCAUCUUUCUUUAACCUUGAUUUAUCACUUGUAGGUAAUGGUAACAACAUGCCCUUCAUUCCUUUAUCCCUAAAGAACAUCCACGAUGAAGAUGGAAUGACGUCUACCUCCAUUUUCGACCUUUCAAGAUCAGAAACUCAAACAAAAAGUGACAAGUUUAUAAUUGUCAGUUCUGCCCAACCAUCAAUAAAUCCGCAAUCAUUUGAAACACAAUUGGACCAAGGUAAAUUGCAGAUUUAUCCAUUCGAUCCCUUCCUUUCUAACAUUUUAUUUUCUUUUUCGAAAUUAUCAAUAAGACAAGUGGGUUUACACAACAAAAUCGUUACCCAAAAGAGAUAUAAACCUACUGUAAGGGCUCUCCAUCUCCUGGGAAACGUGUUGGCUUGUCCAAUGCCGUUUUCCGAACUUUUGAAUAUUUUAUUGAUCUCUUUUACUAAUUUGUUCGGCCGUGAGAUAUCGUUAGAAAUAUUCGAUCCCCCGUUAAAAGACGAAACAGAAACAGAUCCAAGCGCUUUGAACUUGGAAAGAGAUCGAAAAAUUUAUGCAUCGAUAAAAAUUCCUUCCCCGAUGUCGCAAGAUCGAUCAAUGGCCUUAUCAUAUUUCGCUGAUUUGGUUCUUGCUCUUCUUGCAAGCAGAACUGAAGGAAAACCCGAAAAUCAGUAUGAAAUCGGGCGUCCUCCGAUGCUUAAACCUGAUUUGACUUAUAACUUCUUAAGAUUCGGUAUCCAAGAGAAUGUUUCUCUAUGCAGUGAGUUGUUUUUCGCGUUCAGAGUCCAUGAAGUUUUGGAUGUGACGAAAGAAAGAGUUACAAUCUGGUUAAGCAAGCUUUCAACGAACCCUGAAGAAGAGAGAUUCUUCAUAAGUGCGUUGGAUGCGUUGCAAUUUGGAUAUUCCAUGUUUUGCGAAUUUAAAUUGUUCGAUUACUUCAAUCCAAGUGAAUUAUGCGCUUGCUGCUUAUCCAUAUUCUUUAGAUCAGCAUUCCCUCAUAUGAGACCGAACUUUAAAUACGGAAAUUACUUGAAAAAUUUCCUAAAUUCAAAAAGUGACAACAAAAUUGUUGUUAGAGUUACUACAGCAAUGAUCUUAUUAUCUAGUCCAGACUGUGACCUCUUAGAAUACGCUCCAGAAGAGAUAAUGUGUGAGUUAAUUGAGUUAAUGCUCGAAAGAGCGACAGAAUCAGCUUCUCUUUUGAUUGCCAAGUUGUCUGUCGAAGCCAAGAAAGGUAUUGAUCUGAAUAAAGAAAGAAACAGAGCUUUAUUCGCUACUUUGGUAACUGAAAUGUCUCAAUCUUCUCCAUUUUUCAGAAAUAUUGAUGUCUUCAAUGAUUUAUGCCUCGCAAGCAUGGAAACACAAGCUCUUAUUCUCUACAAAGCAGAGAAAAUCGUUCAGAAAUACGUAAAUUUGCUAAAAUUGCUCGGAGAAGGAUCAAAUAUCUUCGAAAAAGCGUUUUCUGAUAAGAUUCCAUGGCUUAUAUCAAAGGGUGAGGAAUAUUUCAUGCAGCAGGCAGCAGAAGAGGAAGAACAAGGUAAUAUGUCUUUGUUCGACGCAAGAUAA